GUACCAAAAAAAAAAAAAAAAAAAGGUUGACAUAGAAAGGUGCUCAAUAAAAGUUUUCCUGAAUAGGGCCAAGGAUGUAGCUCAAUGGUAGAACACUUGCCUGGCAUUCAUGAGGAUUUGGGUUCCAUCCCAUUGUACAAAAUAGCUCACUGGAGUGGCAUGUGGGCCUGUGUGGUUCCCAGGGCAGGGCGCUGCCCUAAGCACUACACACAGUGUUUUCUGCCUCGCCCACAAGGUGCAGGAGGUCAUCAUUGACACUUUUUAUAAAUGAGACCAUUUUACAGUUAGGCAGCUGCCCCAGGUUGCACACUGCCCAAUUGCUGGAGCUGGGCACUCGGGCCAGAACCCACUCCAAGCUCUGAGGAAGUAGGUGGGGGAAACCCACUUUCCAGAUGACAAAACGAGGUGCAGAGAGGAGCUGGGUGGGGUUCAGUGAAUGGCUGUUGUGGCUUGGAACCUGGGUGAGCUGCUUUCCCUCUGCAGCACUCCAAGCGGGAAGCCUGAGGGGCCCCAUGAAUAAUUGAGGGUCCUGGGCCGGCUGGCUGGCCUGCAGCUGUUGCAGGGCCACGGGAGGGGCGCCUGCCACAUCACUCUCUCCCCUCUGGGGGCUGCUGCACAGGUUUAUAAGACGCUGGUAGCAGCCGCAGAGCCGAGGACCAGAGUCCAGACGCCCCGCCAUGGUGCGCUGUGUGCCUGUCCUUGCGCUCCUGCUGCUGCUGGGAGCUGCAGCCUCUGCUCCCCUGCCCAGACCCCACAAGGAGGAGCUGACCCGCUGUCUGGUGGAGGUGGUCACCGAGGUGCUGACUGUGGGCCAAGCCCAGAAAGGACCCUGCAUGGCUCUCCUCCACAAGGAGAUAUGUAAGACGGAACCCUAUGGCUGCAUGCCCCCCGAGGAAAAGGAGUUGCUACGUGGGGACUCCAAAAACACAAGGUCCAGCAAGGAAGUGAGGGGCGAGGAAGAGGCGGCAGCAGAGAGCACCAAGUCCGAGGUGCGAGAACAGGCCAUCCUGGAGCAGCUCCACAGCCGGCUCCACCAGGAGGAGGAAGAAAAGAAGGGGCCUGCAGAGACCUUCGAGGACCUGUGGAAGAGCCGGCCGCAGGGGGGAAGGGACCCCCAGAAGCUGGAGGCAGAGAAGGCCAGCGAUGAAGAGACAUCCCAGUUUGAGGCAGAGAAGGGUGUGCAGGUGCUGGACGGGAGCCACAGCCUCUGGCAGGGGGCAGAGAAGGAUGCGGGAGAGAGACAUGAGGAUUCACCACACCGUCACCACCACCAGCACCAGCAGCCAGGUGCUGAGACCAAACAGGAGGAGGAAGCUUCAGAGCGGCAGGGACGUGACAUGGAGCAGCUGGAGCGUGUGAGUGAUGAGCUGAAGAAGGCCACCGUGAUGCUGGGGGAGGCGCUCCGGAGGGAGGGCUGACCCACCUCAUCCCUUCCUCCUUCCCCAAAGUGUCCUUACAGCGGAGGACUGUUGACCCCAAACGUGGCGCCCACUCCACCCCAACCUGCAGGGGAGGGAGGAAGGGGGCACCUAGGAACCAAGCUUGAGGGGGUCUAAGCUGGGUGGGGGCUAGACUCGGGUCCACCCAGGAAACACCAUGACCCCCACCACACUGCACCCACCCUUCUGCGUGAAUAAAGCACAAAGAAAACCACGAA